GGGACAGCAGGUUGUCGUCCAACCAGAGUGUUCCCUGAGAACCAGACUGUUCUCUUUGACUAUGGCCUGCAUGAGUGUGGCAGCAGAUUACAGGUGACUGAAGAUUUCCUGGUCUACACAACCCACCUGACCCACAUCCCAAACUAUCCUGGAUCUGUCAUUGUGAGAACCAAUGGUGCUGUUGUUCCCAUUGAAUGUCGUUAUUUGAGGAAGGGCAAUGUGAGCAGCAAUCCCAUCAAGCCCACCUGGAUCCCAUUCUUCUCCACCAGGUCUGGAGAAGGGCAUCUGUCAUUCUCCCUACGUCUAAUGAAUGGUGACUGGCUGACAGAGCGCACUUCCACUGUCUACUCCCUGGGAGACCUCAUUCACAUUGAGGCCUCUGUUUCAAUGGCCAACCACAUGCCCCUGAAGCUAUACAUUGAUCGCUGUGUAGCUACACUGAGCCCAGACAAGGACUCCACCCCGAGAUACAGCAUCAUUGACUACAAUGGUUGCCUCCUGGACAGCAAAGCUGAGGACUCCUUUUCAACCUUUGUGUUGCCGAGAGAGUGUGGAGUCUGUGCUGGUUAUGAUGGUAGUCCUGACUGUGACAGCUGUCUGUCUGAUCUCUGCUUCAUUGCUGGCCUUGUUCCUGUACAGGAGACACAAGCAAACACCCAUCAACUGGUGAUUGGAAUAGUCAAUAAAGCAGUGAUUCAUGGUGUCUUCUCUCUGGACCUA